AUGUUGAUUGAUCUGGUCAAGUACUUACACCAUGUUGUGAUACCAGCAGUCGAUCAGAAUGAUGAGGAUGACAAUAAAGAUAUGGGGGGGAAGGAGAGCGGAAAGCACAGGAGAAAAAAGGAGGAAUUUGUCUUGGAGGUGGAUGCCUAUGGGCUUCCGGUCAUGCCAGAUAUCAAGGACCUCAGCCUAGAGAAAAAAGUCUCUCAUCGCACAUUCCUCACAAGACACUACAGGUUUUGCAGUCAAAAGCCGAAGGCUUCUGUUCCUUGGUCUGCAGUAAGGGAGGCUCAGGAUGAUUUUAUUGAGCCCAAGUUUUUACCUGCUGGUGUAAAGAUCAAGGACCUGUCAAAGCUUCAGUUGCAUGAAGCCGACAGAUUGUUAGAGUUCUGGCAUCAAAGACAAAAGGACACAGUUCCAUCAACAUUUGAAUUCAAAGGCUGGCAAGACCACAACAAGGAGAUGAGAGAACCAGUGAAGAGGACCUCUGGGCAGGUGGAACAAGACUUGAGCACUGAGGAGGAAGAUCAUGAUGAAGGUGCUAUGGAUGGCAUGAGAUCUGGUCUAGCUACUGCAAAGACCAAGGAAGCUGACCGGAUGGGUGAAGCAGGAGUCAAGUAG